CGUUCAUCCUGCCCCAUGAUCCCAGCUUCCUUCGCUCCAUGCUGCUCCAUUGUGGGGGCUGGCUGUGCCGGUAACGGGACACCCAUUCCUGCUGGGCUGUGGGCUGCCCUGCCUGAAUCCCACGGGGAUCCCUCCGAGGGAGCUGAGAUAAAGACAGUUUACCAGGGAAGGGGAAACAUCCCUGAUGCCCGCCUCCAGGGACCGCGCCGGGCUGAGGGCUCGGGGCCAACGCUGAGCCCGCCGCAGGCGGAGCCGGGCUUUGCAGUGAGUCCAAGUGUCUGGACCGCUCCAGCUCCGAGACCUUCCGGCACCUGUGGCCGGAGCAGCUCCAGAAACCGGACCGAAAGCUCGGGAGCCCUGGAAGAGCGGGAGGCUCCGCGCCGCCACCGUAAAGACGCGCUUCGUCCACGAGCACGCGCUUCCGCUUCCGCCCGCCCCUCGGACACGCCCCACCAAUCGCCGCGCAGCACGGCGGCGCUCCGCCCAAUCAGCGACGCUUCCCUCUCUUUCUUCCCGCCCCUGCCGCCCUUUGCGGGACUCCCACCAAUGAGAAGCGCGUCCGCCGCCGCUCGCCCCGCCCACGACGCGCCGCCGCACGCGCGUGCGCAGUGCCCGCGGGGGCGACCAGGGGUCAGGACGGCGCAGGGCCCGCGGGCAGGACCGGCCAUGGCAGCGCUGCGACUGCUGUACCAGGCUGCCCGUGCAGGCCCCCUGGCCCCACUGGGCUCCCUGCGCCCGCUCAGCACCAGCACCCCCAGGGACUGUUACAAGUACGUCAACAUGCGGGAGCCGGCCAUGGACAUGCGAUCCAUCACCGACCGCGCCGCCCAGACCCUGCUCUGGACCGAGCUCGUCCGCGGCCUGGCCAUGACCCUGAGCUACCUUUUCCGCGAGCCGGCCACCAUCAAUUACCCGUUUGAGAAGGGCCCGCUGAGCCCGCGGUUCCGCGGGGAGCACGCGCUGCGCCGCUACCCGUCCGGGGAGGAGCGCUGCAUCGCCUGCAAGCUCUGCGAGGCCGUGUGCCCGGCACAGGCCAUCACCAUCGAGGCCGAGCCCCGCGCCGACGGCAGCCGCCGCACCACGCGCUACGACAUCGACAUGACCAAGUGCAUCUACUGCGGGUUCUGCCAGGAGGCCUGUCCCGUGGAUGCCAUCGUGGAGGGCCCCAACUUCGAGUUCUCGACGGAGACGCACGAGGAGCUGCUCUACAACAAGGAGAAGCUGCUCAACAACGGCGACAAGUGGGAGGCCGAGAUCGCAGCCAACAUCCAGGCUGAUUACCUGUACCGGUGACGGGCCCCUCCCGCCCCCCAAAUAAAGUGUUUGGGGGUUCUCCCCCUCUGCUGGCACUGUGGGUGCCAGCCCCUUCCCAUAA